AGCAGCAUAAAGUUAGUGAAAUUUUAGUGAAACGAAGCCAGUUUUGUCGCUUCUAUUCAAUAUUUUCUGUAGUUUCUUUGAUUUGUUAUAAAUUUAAAGUGCGCUGUAUCCGAAAGCAUCAUGCUGUGUAAAUGAAAUCACCGGAGAGGUGCGAUUUCAACGGAAGAAUAAGCAGCUAUUGACUGAAGUGGGUGGUAAGUGUUGGGGUGAAUCACCGUAAGAGUUGUGGACCAUCAGAGCUGGGAAAGAACCAAACCCAACAGACCAAAAGCGAGCAAGCAGAUGGAUGGGCACAUAAAUAUUGACCAUCCAGCAGCGGGCAGCGGAGGCGCUGGCUUGGGACCUAGUGGUGAAGCCUCCGAUGGGCGAAAUUCAUCACGAAAACGCCGACAGAGAUCGCCACAGGACGGUCCCGGGGCGCAUCCGUCCUAUGGAACAAACGAUGCUGUCCCUAACGUGACGAUAAGAGAUCCAAGUAGUAGAAGUGGCGGCGCCCCUGGGGCAAAUCCUUCGCGUCCACCGGGGGAAGGUCCUUCCGGAUCUGCCGAGGCGGCACGGCAGCGCGAGGAAGAAGAGGAAGGUUUGAAAUACGGUGCCCAGCACGUUAUCAAGCUGUUCGUUCCGGUGACACUGUGCAUGGUUGUCGUGGUGGCCACUAUCAGUUCCAUCAACUUCUACUCCACCAAAGAUGUGUACUUAGUGUACACACCAUUCCACGAGCUGUCGGACGACACCGGAACGAAGAUCUGGAAUGCGUUGGCCAAUUCGAUGAUUCUGAUGACUGUGAUCGUAAUUAUGACAAUACUGCUGAUCGUGCUGUACAAAAAACGCUGUUACAAAAUCAUCCACGGUUGGUUGAUCAUGUCCUCGCUGAUGUUGCUGUUUCUGUUCAGUUAUCUGUACUUGGAGGAGGUGCUCCGGGCGUACAACAUUCCGUUCGACUACCCCACGGCGCUGCUGAUGAUGUGGAACUUCGGUGUGGUUGGAAUGAUCUCGAUUCACUGGCAGGGACCGCUGCGGCUGCAGCAGGGUUAUUUGAUUUUUAUUGCCGCUCUUAUGGCGUUGGUCUUUAUCAAGUAUUUGCCCGAGUGGACCACAUGGGUGGUGUUGGCUGUGAUUUCUAUUUGGGAUUUGAUAGCAGUUCUGACUCCGAAAGGCCCUCUUCGGAUUUUGGUAGAAACGGCACACGAGAGGAACGAGCAAAUAUUUCCAGCUUUAAUUUAUUCUUCAACUAUUAUGUACUCGUAUAUGGGAACGCACUCGGAUCCAAGUGAGGAAGCGCUAACGCGAAGUACCGGAGAACGUGCCAUCGGUACCGCUGGGGGAAAUGGUGGCGGUGGUUACGGUUCAACGGCUUCUCCGGUGCAUACAAUGGCCUCAGGACAUACAGGAGGACAACCACCCGCGGUCACGUCGCUGACGGGCAACGCUGAAGGUACGCCACUGGUUACGUAUCGGGUAAAAUCCAGUUCGCGUGGUGCCGAGCAUGAUCAAUCGAGUGGUUUCACGCAGGAAUGGAGCAACAGUUCCGACCAACGGGUAGCCCGACGGCAGAUUGAAGUCCAGGCCAACAUCGCUGGCAAUCCAAACCGACCGGAGUAUCGCACCGUUACCGCGGAUCGCCAACGUACGGCAACCGGCGACUCCCAGCAAGUGCCGCUCUACGAGCAACCCGAAGAACGUGGUAUCAAGCUCGGGCUGGGCGAUUUCAUCUUCUACUCGGUGCUGGUCGGCAAAGCGUCCAGCUAUGGCGACUGGAACACAACCAUCGCCUGCUUUGUGGCCAUUCUGGUGGGUCUCUGUCUAACGCUGCUCCUGUUGGCCAUCUUCCGGAAAGCCCUGCCGGCACUGCCGAUCUCAAUCUUCUUCGGACUGAUAUUCUGCUUCGUGACCAGCGUCAUCGUGAAACCGUUUACCGAAGCGCUGGCAUCCGAGCAGGUGUUCAUUUAGUUUUCACCGCCGGCCGAUGCCACACACGAAAUAGACUCGAUUUCGUUGAAGAAGAUCAUCUGAUCCGAACCUGCUCGUAUCUUACUGCUUAUCUUCCCGAUCAUAAUCCUGCUGCGACUAUAACUGAACUACUUUAAUACUAGCGCGUAAGCCAAACAAAGUGUCCAAUUGGGAGUAAUAGCAAGUGACUAUACAAAACAAUUCUCAUCUUACUGUAAUUGUAGCACCGUAAGUCUAAAACAAAUCUAACAAUUAAACAAAUCAUUGAUUUUAAAUCAGUUAUCAACAUUUUUGUACAAUUCAUCAUCAUCCGCUCCGAAAGGAAUCGCGUUUGAAACAAUAAAUUCCAUAUUUUGAAUCGUA